AUGGUGGAGAAAGUGCAGAAAUCGCCUAGAAAACUGGCAAAACAACCGGCACGAGAAGAUGGGAAAGGAAACAUGAGAUCCAAUUUGUGCUACGGGGCGAUUUAUCAAAAAGAGCUAUGCGAAAAAGCGUUGAACGGAAUGAACACAAUCAUUGCUGCUCCCACGGGAUCGGGAAAGACGGUCGUUGCUGUGAACAUUAUAAAGUGUCACUUGGAGAAGAACAGGAAUAGUGGCAAAAAACCAAACCAGCUAACAACCGGAAGGUAG